UGGCUGCCCACGAGGACGGAAGAAGUUGCAGGGAGUAACUGGGUUCAGGGAGGUGCUGUGUCGCUCGCCGCUGGAGUAUAAAGGCCUUCGACAGGACAGCUACCGACUCGUGCUACAAGUCAGGGACUAUCUUGAUUCGGGACCUGAAAGAAGGGCCAUUUCUGAAGCUUCCUGAAGUACAAUGAAGACAUGGGCACUGGGGAUGAUUCUAACAUUGCUUCUGCUGCCACAUAUCCAUGGAACUGCGGAGAACAGUCGAGCUGGCUGCAGAACUGUGGCCAAUGACCUGGUGUACAUCAUCGAUGGCUCUUCCAGUGUGGGAGUUGCAGACUUUGACAUGGCCAAGCAAUGGUUGAUCAACGUCACUGGCAACUUUGCGGUGGGGCCCCGGCACACGCAGGUGGCUAUUGUCCAGUACAGUGACACGCCCCGCCUGGAGGUCCCUCUGGGCCAACACCGGAACAGUCGCGAGCUCAUCCGGGCCAUCCAGGCUAUCGGCUACCUGGGUGGCAGCACGCGGACAGGUCGCGCACUCAAGUUUGCUAUCGAGCAUGUAUUUCCCUCCUCUGGACGUGCCGGGACAGCCCAACACCGCAUCGCCGUAGUGGUGACGGAUGGUAAAUCGCAGGAUGAUGUAGUUGACGCUGCCCUGGAGGCAAGAGCCCAGGGUAUCGUGGUCUUUGCUGUGGGAGUGGGCAGCGAGGCCUCGGGCCCAGAGCUGGCAGCCCUGGCAAAUCGGCCCUCGUCAACCUACGUGCUGCAUGCAGAGGACUAUGCCACCAUUGGAUGUGUCCAGGAUGCGAUGCAGCAGAAGCUUUGCGAGGAGUCUGUGUGCCCCAUACAGACAUCUUCAUUCCCCCCAAAUGAGAGGGGCUUUGAGCUCUUGUCCAGUAUGAAGAUUGAUCAGAAGGCUCCAAAGGUGCAGGGCUCCCUGGUGUCAGAGGUGGCCUACCUGCUGAGUCCCGGGUUGGACCUCACGGAGAGUACCAGAGCAGUCUUCCCUCAGGGUUUGCCCCCUUCCUAUGUGUUUGUGGCAACCCUAAGACUGAAGGCUCCUGCCAAUCGGGCCGCUUUGGACCUGUGGAGGAUCAGGUCCAAGGAUGGCAGCACCCAGACUGCUGUGACACUGGAUGGUCGAGACAAAUCGGUCAUCUUCACCACCACCAGCUCUGUAAGACAGGAGCAGUGCGUUCUCUUCAACGACCGUGGAAUUCAGAGGCUCUUCGAUGGCAGCUGGCAUCAGCUGAAGUUGCUGCUGAAGCCGAGGCGCAUCACCUGUUUCCUGGAUGACGUGUUGAUUGAGGAGCAGCUACUGGAGGAGGCCAUGCCCAUCUAUGUCAGCGGAUGGACCCAGGUUGCCAAAGUAACCAAACCGGAAACCACGGUGGCGGUUGAGAUCCAAAAACUGAGACUUUACUGCAACCCUGAGCAAAGCGACAAAGAGACGGCCUGCGAAAUCUACUCUGCGGUGGAUGACAGGUGUCCCCUGGAUCGAACCCCCAGCACGGAGCCUUGUGACUGCCCUGGUGGGAACCCUGGCCCCCCUGGCCUACCAGGGCCAAUGGGUUUCCGUGGUGAGAAGGGGCGCGAAGGACCGCCAGGUCCCGAUGGUAAGCCUGGGAAGCCAGGUGGGCAAGGGAUGCCAGGAGAGCCGGGUCCAGCUGGACGGAAGGGUGAUGCAGGUUCAGCUGGGCCCAUGGGAUACCCUGGCUCAAAAGGCGCCAAGGGUGACCGAGGAGCGCAGGGUCCCCCCGGAAGGCCGGGGCUUCCAGCACCCAAGGGGCUCGGUGUUUCUCGGUUCAGCCUCGGUGCCAUUGGAGUACCUGGGACGAAGGGGAGUCCAGGUGAGAUGGGAUCACCCGGUGAACCUGGUCAGCCUGGUCCAAUAGGGAAACGAGGACCACCCGGCCAAGAUGGACCACCUGGACCCGAGGGACCGAAGGGUGACAGAGGAGAUGCUGGCGCCUCAGGCUUUGAAGGAGCGGCGGGGCUUCCGGGAAUCCGUGGCCCCCCAGGCGAGACAGGAGCCCUGGGACCCCAGGGUGAAAGGGGGCCUCCUGGACCUGUGGGAUUGAGCGGAGCGAAAGGACCGCAGGGACAUCCAGGCCCGGUUGGUCCACCCGGCAACGACGGACUCAAUGGCCCAAAGGGCAGCCCCGGGGAGCGAGGCGCGGACGGCUUUCCCGGGUCGCCGGGCCCGAAGGGCACUCCAGGAGAACCCGGGAUUCAGGGGUUGCCGGGAAUCAUGGGAAUGCCAGGAUUUAAAGGACAUAAGGGCGAGACGGGAGCUCCGGGUUCGAAGGGAAAUAAGGGUGAGCGUGGAGCCGAAGGAACCGCAGGACCGAGCGGCCCUCCUGGUGAAACCGGACCCCGUGGAAGCAAAGGAGAGAGAGGCAUGGUGGGGGACGCUGGAAAUCGAGGACCCGAGGGCAAGAAAGGAGACCUGGGACCCGCAGGAGCCGCAGGACCUCGGGGGCCUCCUGGCCUGGAUGGGUUACCAGGGCAGCCAGGUGUUCCAGGGCAUCCGGGGAAACCGGGGAAGCCAGCCUCUGAACAGUACCUGAUCAAGCUCUGUACAGAUGUACUACGAAAUGAACUCCCUCAGCUUUUGCUCACCGUGAUGCCCUCAAGCUGCCAGGCUUGCGAGGGGAAGCGGGGCCUGCCGGGUGAACCGGGCCCUCCGGGGCCCGAAGGCCCCGGUGGCCCCCAAGGUUACCCGGGAAGGACCGGUUUGCGGGGCUACCCCGGCCCAGCCGGCAGUCAAGGCCCCCAGGGAAUCAAAGGUGACACAGGAGCCACGGGACCCAGAGGCGCCAAAGGAGACGCCGGGGAACCUGGGCCGCCGGGACCUCCCGGCCCUCCUGGCCUCGAAGGGCCGCGCGGAAGCGACGCGGAGGGUCCCCCGGGACCCCCGGGCAUCCCUGGCAAGCCGGGCGUCCCCGGCGCUCCGGGAGCGCGCGGACCGCCUGGGCCGGACGGGGUCUGCGACGUGACUCCGCGCUGCCGAGCUUACGGCCUCGGCGAGGGGCCGAACUCCUAAGAGGCGGAGGCGAGCGACGGGGGGGCCAGAAAGUCCUCGUCUGCAAGGACACCCGGAGUUGCUCCUGUCGACGUACGAACGUACAAGGGACAGUUCUGGCGACACUGCUCUCGUAAUUGUGACUUUUUGUGUCAUUCGCAUCCAAACGCAGUCCAAUCCAAUGCACUGGCUUUGUAAAAAUACCUCUACGUCGAAGUGAAGGCAUUGAAGGUACGUAGCAUGUGUGUCGUCACAGGAGACUCGUUGUUAUAUUUUCACGUAGGUAUUUAAAGCACGUACUGGAUGUUUUACGUUAAAUACGCAUCGCAGCACAUACACAAAGCAUGGGGACACAGAUUUUGGAAAGUCAGCGUUUCGGUAGUCGUCUGUUUGUAAACUUAACGUAUUUAAUUUUUUAAAUGAUGUCAUUUACCUAAUGUUUUAAUAAAAGUGCAAAAUAUGACCCGAGAUCACUUGUGUCAGUUUGCAGGUGAAAUAAAUAAUUUUGCAAUUUGUUGUAUUGUGUGGAACCGUGUGACACAUGUUUCUCACCUGUUCAAGAGCAGCACGGCUGGAAGAGAAAUGAAGGCUUACGUUUCGCUCGAGCUCAAGUCAACCCUUAAC